ACCCGGGGGAUGCUAGGACCCAGCGUUGCCGUGGUACCCGGCUGCUGCCGUGGCAGCAGGCAGGGAUGCGGGGACUGCAGCAUCCUUCCAGCAGCGCCAUGGCCAGCCAGACUCAGGGCAUCCAGCAGCUACUCCAGGCCGAGAAGCGGGCGGCCGAGAAGGUGGCCGAGGCCCGAAAACGGAAGGCACGGCGGCUGCGGCAGGCCAAGGAGGAGGCCCAGGGCGAGAUUGAGCAGUACCGGCUGGAGCGUGAGCGCGACUUCCAGCAGAAGCAGCAGGCGGCACUGGGCUCGCAGGGCCACGUGAGCGCAGAGGUGGAGGCCGGCACACGGCGCCGGGUGCAAGCUCUGCGCGGGGGCCAGGCCCAGGGCAAGGAGCGGGUGCUGCGGCGCCUGCUGGGCCUCGUCUGUGACCCCCGGCCCUGCCUGCACCCGAACCUGCGCCUGCCUGCCUAGGCCCCACCCCCAGGUGCAGGCCCUGCCCCAGCACCCAUCUGGCCUGCACCCGCUUGCCUAAGCCCUGCUGCCUUGGUACCAGCCCCCACCUGCCCACCUUGGACCAGCCAUGCCCCCCCCUGUACACUAGGCCCUGUUAUCACUAGCCCCACUCCUAGGUGCUAGGCCCUUCCCCCUGCAGUAGACCACAUGCCUUGGGGAGCCAGGCCCUGACACCUUCACCCAGGCCCUGCCCCAGUCUUGGAGGUUUGACCCUGGUCCUGUGCACUAUGCCCCACCACAGCUGCACCUGUUCCUGCCUGGCUCCACCCACCUCCCAGGCCCCUCCCACUAUGCUCCAAAUCCCACCUCCCUAAGGGGGCCUCAACUCCACCCACCACUGCCUGGCCAUGCCCCCAUCCCCAUAAACCCUGCCCCUUUCUGUGCUGCUGACUGUGACCUGCGACAAAUAAAUGGUGACCUGUG